CAGAUGCAAGAAUCUAUAAAGCCACUCGAUGACACGAGUAACCUCUUUUUUCCAAUAUAUAAAUAAAUUUAUUUCAUUCUUUUGAAUCUGAGUUUUUUUUUCCGUAAAGGGUUUUUGUUUUGUUCUCUUCUUCAAUAAUCGCUCCUGAAUCGUUCCAAAAGCUUCACUAACCUUGCUAAGCCUUUGACAGAAGACGGAGAUCACGAGACGACCCUCGAUUCUCUCACGAUAUACCAAAAAAACCUCUUCAAGUGUUAUUUGCGAUGUGGAGAGUUCUAAUCGUUUAAAAAAAAAUCUGGAUGACGUUAUGCAGAAGCGGAGAAUCAUCACAGUGAAUAAUCCAUCAACGUCUAUUGAGAUGAGACAACACAACAACAAUGGAGUUCCUUACUCAAACGUCCCCGUCGACGAAGACGAGACUCCAUCUCCUAAAGCCACCGAUAAGAUUCGGAAAGUCUCGAUGUUGCCGCUCGUCUUCCUCAUAUUCUACGAAGUCUCAGGUGGUCCAUUUGGUGUAGAGGACAGUGUGAAUGCAGCUGGACCAUUGCUAGCACUUCUAGGCUUUGUGAUCUUCCCUUUCAUUUGGAGUAUCCCUGAGGCACUAAUCACAGCAGAGAUGGGCACAAUGUUCCCAGAGAAUGGAGGUUACGUAGUGUGGGUCUCGUCUGCUUUGGGACCCUUUUGGGGGUUUCAACAAGGCUGGAUGAAAUGGCUAAGUGGCGUCAUCGAUAACGCGUUGUAUCCUGUUCUGUUUCUUGAUUAUUUGAAAUCUGGAAUCCCUGCUCUAGCUGGUGGAUUGCCUAGAGUUGCAGCGAUCUUGAUGUUGACACUUAUGCUGACAUAUCUGAACUACAGGGGACUAACUAUAGUAGGUUAUGCUGCUGUGCUUAUGGGUGUUUUCUCUAUCCUUCCUUUUGCUGUGAUGGGUUUGAUCUCGAUUCCAAAGCUAGAGCCUUCGAGAUGGCUUGUGAUGGACUUAGGUAAUGUAAACUGGAAUCUGUAUCUAAACACUCUUUUCUGGAAUCUAAACUAUUGGGACUCGAUCAGUACUCUAGCUGGUGAGGUGGAGAAUCCGAACCAGACGCUUCCAAAGGCUUUGUACUAUGGCGUGAUCUUAGUCGCGGUUUCUUACAUCUUCCCUCUUUUGACUGGAACCGGUGCGAUCCCGUUAGAGCGUGAGUUAUGGACAGAUGGGUAUUUCUCUGAUGUGGCUAAAGCGUUAGGUGGAGCGUGGUUGAGAUGGUGGGUUCAAGCCGCUGCAGCCACUUCAAACAUGGGAAUGUUUCUAGCUGAGAUGAGCAGCGACUCUUUUCAGCUUCUUGGAAUGGCUGAGCGUGGAAUGCUUCCUGAGUUCUUUGCCAAAAGGUCACGUUACGGGACGCCUUUGCUAGGGAUUCUGUUUUCGGCUUCAGGUGUUGUGCUUUUGUCUUGGCUAAGCUUUCAAGAGAUUGUAGCUGCAGAGAAUCUUCUCUACUGUGUUGGUAUGAUCUUGGAGUUUAUAGCUUUUGUAAGGAUGAGGAUGAAAUACCCGGCUGCGUCUAGACCUUACAAGAUACCUAUUGGAACAGUAGGUUCGAUACUCAUGUGUGUUCCUCCAACGAUACUGAUCUUUGCUGUUGCAGCACUCUCGUCUCUUAAAGUAGCUGCAGUGAGCUUUGUGAUGCUGAUCAUUGGUUUCUUGAUGCAUCCUUGUUUGAACCAUAUGGAUCGAAAGAGAUGGCUCAAAUUCUCCAUCAGUUCUGAUCUACCGGACCUGCAGCAACAGACGAGAGAAUGCGAAGAAACUCUGAUACGUUAGGAGUGUUCUUGGUUCUUUUGCCCCCAUCUAUGUUUUUGAGUACAGAACUUGGAAGCCAUAUAAGCCCAAAAAGCUUGAAUUUUCUUGGUCUCUUUUGUUUAUUCACAGCUUUUUCUAAAAGUUUCCGUAAAGUUAGGUCAUCGUUAGCUUCUUCUUUAGAACACGGUUUUAAUAAAAAUGUGCAAUGUUUGUAUCUGCCAUUGUUGAUAGGUGUAAUUUAAUGUCUUUGAACAGAACCUAGAGGAACUUUGGGAUGAAUUUCGAAAUCCUUCACCUAUUAAAAAUGUAAACUUUAACAUUUC